AUGGCUCAUUUAAUAACUCGUAUAUCUGCCCGUGAAAUUUUAGAUUCUAGAGGAAACCCAACAGUAGAAGUUGAUUUAGAAACAGAUAUUGGAAUAUUUAGAGCUGCAGUACCUUCAGGAGCUUCUACAGGUAUAUAUGAAGCUUUAGAAUUGAGAGAUAAUGACAAAACAAGAUAUUUAGGUAAAGGUGUCCAAGAAGCAAUUAAAAAUAUUACUAAUGUAAUAGCACCAAAAUUAAUUGGGUUAGAUUGUAGAGAACAAAAAAAAAUUGAUAGAUUAAUGGUUGAAGCUAUAGAUGGGACAAAAAAUGAAUGGGGAUGGAGUAAAAGUAAGUUAGGAGCUAAUGCAAUUUUAGCUGUUUCUAUGGCUGUAUGUAGAGCUGGUGCAGCUGCUAAUAAAAUUUCAUUAUAUAAAUAUAUAGCUAACUUAGCUGAAAAAAAAGAUGAUAAAAUGGUUUUACCUGUACCUUGCUUAAAUGUUAUUAAUGGAGGAUCUCAUGCAGGAAAUAAAUUAGCAUUUCAAGAAUUUAUGAUAGUGCCUGUAGGUGCUCCUACCUUUAAGGAAGCCUUAAGAUAUGGUGCAGAAGUAUAUCAUACUUUAAAAUCAGGAAUAAAAAAGAAAUAUGGUAUAGAUGCAACAAAUGUAGGUGAUGAAGGAGGAUUUGCACCAAAUAUUUUAAAUGCUGUAGAAGCUCUUGAUUUAUUAGUUGAUGCUAUUAAAACAGCUGGAUAUGAAGGCAAGGUAAAAAUUGCUAUGGAUGUAGCAGCCUCUGAGUUUUAUGAUGAAAAUACUAAAUUAUAUGACUUGGAUUUUAAAACACCAAAUAAUGAUAAAUCUUUAGUUAAAACAGGAGAACAAUUAGUUGAAUUAUAUACGCAUUUAGUGAAAAAGUAUCCUAUUAUUUCAAUUGAAGACCCUUUUGAUCAAGACGACUGGGAAAAUUAUGCUAAACUAACCAAAGCCAUAGGAAAGACAGUUCAAAUUGUAGGAGAUGAUUUACUAGUUACCAAUCCAGCUAGAAUUAAUAAGGCUCUUGAAAAAAAAGCUUGUAAUGCAUUAUUACUUAAAGUUAAUCAAAUUGGUUCUAUAACUGAAGCUAUUGAAGCAUGCUUAUUAUCUCAGAAAAACAAUUGGGGAGUUAUGGUUUCUCAUAGAUCUGGUGAAACUGAAGAUGUUUUCAUCGCAGAUUUAGUUGUUGCUUUAAGAACAGGACAAAUAAAAACAGGUGCUCCAUGUAGAAGUGAAAGAAAUGCAAAAUACAAUCAAUUAUUAAGAAUAGAAGAAUCCUUAGGUAAUAAUGCCAUAUACGCAGGAGAGAAUUUCAGACAUCAAUUAGAUUAA